AUGUCGGUUCGUCCCGACACUUCAGUGUGUGCGAGUCCAGACGUCGCGGCGUCGCCCAGAGGUAGCGACAUCUGUUCUCCACCCGCUGAACCAGUGUUCGUCAGCCGCCGUCGCUACGAAAGCGACGGCUGUUCGAGUAACGUGUCGUUGAUCCAAAAUGCAGACACUAGGAGCUGCGAUGUUCAGGACGAGGACAGCCACUCUAAGCCGAGACAUUCUAGCAUUAGAUCACAAUCCCCUUCUUCUUCUACGUCGUCCAAGACAGAGGACAAGGUCAAGAGUGAUGAUGACCAACGCAGACUGAAGCAGAGCCAGUGGUUGCCGUCGCUGUCCCCAGGCAGUUCGGCGCUGCUGCAGUUAAGAGAGCAACAGCGCAGCAAUAAUAGUAGCGCGUCGUCUCCUUCAAGUAGUAGCAGUAUUCGAAGGUCUAUCUCGACGGUCGACGCCUCGACGCAAAACCAGUUAUCAUCUCAAAACGAAGCUAAUGCUAAUGGAGCGAGUUUCCCGACGCCUCUGACGUCUUUCCAUCGUCGAAAGGAAGAAGGCAACCCGCUUAUUCCGGAUGAAGAUAUGACCGACGAAAAAGACGACAUGGCGGACGAUGUCGGAGACAAAGAUCCGCCCACUUCGCCGUCACCGAUCGACCGGCGAGUUGUGCGCAUCAUGUUCCACGAACGCGAGAUUUUCGCCGAAGAUCUGAUCGGACUUCGUGUCGCCAAGACUUUUGCUGGACGUGGACGCUUCUUGGGACAGGUGGUAAAGUUUGAUAAGAGGACGGCGCUCUAUACGGUAGUAUACGCUGAUGGCGACGCUGAGAACCUGACGGUGGAUGAUACGCUGCAGAUCUUGAUCCAGGACGAGAUUGAGCGUGCUGAUCCAUCUAAUCUACCACCUGCCGUCUCGCUGCUGUUUAAAACGAACAAAGACGGAUCGUCGCCUCCCAGUCCAGACACCGGCGACUUUAUGACGCGGCCUGCACCUCGUCAGUGCCAAAGUAGCACUUCGCAACGCCGUGCGCGCAUUCAGAUCAGCGAACGCGAGGCGCAGUUCGUGAUCAGUUUGUUUGAAAACCAUGCGCUUCCUGCUCUCGUGCGACAAGGCUGGCGCUUGCUGACUAGUAGCUCUGGAAAGGAUAAAACGCGCUUUGUCUCCGCUACCGGGGAGAUUUUCCAAUCAGAGCUGGAUGUCGUUGAACAUAUCGCUUUGGAUAACGAGCUCUUAAUCUUGUGCUUCCCAGCGAAUGUGCACUCAGCUAUCCUGUCAUUACUACCUGGUGAAGCUGGUGUGAGCUCCACAGCUUUUACAGGAACUAGCAGUAGACACGGAAGCACCAAAAUUGUACCACGGAAGCGCACCACCUCAGACUCUCCAAGCGCCGGACACUUUGAUAGCAAGCGAACACGAGGGACGCCCGAUGAAGCUUAUGGGAGAGUUGUUGUCCCGAUGCGCGCAGGUGUGGUACGAGAUAGUAAUAUCGUGCAUCACCGAUACAAUGACAUGGAUCGGUGUACUGAAGAUGCAAACCGCAUGUCCGCCUAUCACAGGCAAGGAAUGGGCGGACGCAUUCGUAUGUCAGGUGAUCGUUUUUUUGGAGGUGAGACCACGAAUGAGGCUCGCGUUCAAGCCCCGCCUGAACUGAGAGAAUAUCGUCGCACUUCUGGCCGCGACCGGACCCUGGAGAACCCUUUUUCUUCGAAAUGGUCUCGCACUGAGUCAGUCCUUGAUCGUGAGGAAGAUGCUAGAUAUUGCAGCCGUUAUGUGAACACGCCUGGAUGGCGCGAACGAGACGACGUUUUUGCGAUGGACCGCGAUCUCGAAGUGCAUUGUUACAAUCGUUUUCGUACGGAAUCACGCUAUACUCAUCGAUUAAACUCACGGAUUUCGGCUGAUGCUGACGACGGUGCAAAUGGUACUGCAAAUGGAACAUCAACUGGCUUCUAUCGAGACCUGACGGAGUCUAAAGCUUGUAAUCAAGCGAGUCCAAUGGCAAAUGGUUUCGCCUACUCUCAAUAUUCAAACCUUCGAGCGGAAGUUAGUACCAGCAAUCGCACGUCUGCUCCGCCCCGAGUUUCGCGUAAAACAGCAAGUUUCAUGUCUCCUACGGACAAUCUCGGUUCGACUGCAGCAUUUUCAGUGGUAGAUUUUGAUCGUGUCUCUACGAAGCGACCUGGGAACAUUCAUACAGAGUAG